AUGAAGCCGCCAGUGACCGCAAAAGCCCACGUCGACAAUCUUAUAUAUCUUGACGACUACAUUGACACCAUUGAAGCCCUACCACUCGAAUUACAAAGAAACUUUACCUUGUUGCGAGAACUCGAUGGCUAUGCUCAAGAUUUAGUAGAGACUGUCGCGAAAGAAUCCAUCGAGUUGAUCAACAAUAUCAAAGAACUCGACCCGAUUACACGCAUUGAACGGUUGAAGCAGCUGGCCACUUUGCUAACAGAAACAUUGAAACGUGGUGAAGAGAAAGUUGCGCUUGCCAAAACGACAUUUGACGCUGUGGAACGCCAUUGUAAUCGUUUGGAUGCUGAUUUAGUCAAGUUUGAAGAAGACAGUCCGUUGGGAGGACGGGAUCGAAUCACCGCACAACCUGGUUUGGCACCGUCAGCACGCAGUUUAUUACGAGAAGUGGCCCGUGACAAAGUAAGCCGCGGCUACGACCGUAAAGAUGGGAAGGGUGAUAAGCGAGAAGCUGGUACUGCAAAGAAGCGCAAGAUCAAGGAUCCAGGAUCGCCACCAUCUGGUACUGUUCGACAAGCACUUAAAGAGCCCAGACCAAUCAAACAUGUUGACAAGAAGCAAGCGUUGUCGUCAGGAAAGAAAAGUAAAACUACUGUUCCUGCCGAUCUACCAAUCGAUCCAAAUGAGCCAUUGUACUGCUACUGCCAGCAGGUGUCAUAUGGAGAAAUGGUCGCGUGCGACAAUACCGAUUGCGAGAUCGAAUGGUUCCAUCUUGCUUGUGUCGAUUUGAAGACCGUACCCAAAGGCAAAUGGUAUUGCAACAAUUGCGUAUCAAAGAUGAAAGGCAAACACCGAAAGUGA